GAAGAUAGCCGAGCUCCUCGAUUAAACGACUGCUGGAGAAAACUGUUGAGGUAGCCUAGGCAGCUAAGCGCCGAGUCCUUCGAUUGAAGGACGACGGCCUGAGGAGAAUUCCAAGCGCGGGAGUCCGGCUGAGGAGGGAGGCGGGAGAUGCCAUUCAGGCCUCCCCGGCUAGGCUGUGGGAGCUGAAGAUGUCUCUGCUCCACCGGAGCACAGCCGCUGCUAGAGCGAAUCUGUGGAGCCUCAGCCUGGCAGCCCCGGGAAGCCCGGUAUUUAGAAGGAAUGCAUACAGCCAGUCCGGAGCAUCAGAUUCAUUACCAGAGGAACAGAACGCAGGUUUGCAAAACGGACCUGAUUUGCAGGACUUUAUAUCUGGGGAACUCUCAGACAAGAAUAACUGGGCAAAAUAUACAGGCAAUUUAAAGCGUCAGAAAGGAGAAAGGCUACGACUUCCUCCAUGGCUGAAAACAGAGAUCCCAAUUGGAAAAAACUAUAACAAAUUGAAGGCUACAUUGCGAAAUUUAAACCUCCAUACGGUAUGUGAGGAAGCACGUUGUCCAAAUAUUGGGGAGUGCUGGGGAGGAGGAGAGUAUGCUACUGCUACAGCAACUAUAAUGCUAAUGGGGGAUACUUGCACAAGAGGGUGUCGGUUCUGCUCAGUCAAGACAGCCAAAAGUCCACCUCCAUUAGAUCCCGAGGAACCAUAUAACACAGCCAAAGCAAUAGCUGAAUGGGGUCUGGAUUAUGUUGUGCUGACUUCUGUUGACAGGGAUGAUAUUCCUGACGGCGGAGCGGCACACUUUGCAAAAACAGUAUCACACUUAAAAGAAAGGAAUCCGAAAAUUCUAGUGGAAUGUUUAACCCCUGAUUUUCGAGGUGAUCUAAAGGCUGUAGAGAAAGUUGUUCUGUCGGGACUAGAUGUAUAUGCUCACAAUGUGGAAACAGUUCCAGAAUUACAGAGACAUGUUCGAGAUCCUCGGGCCAAUUUUGACCAAUCCCUGAAUGUUUUGAAGCAUGCUAAGGAGGUGCAACCUGAUGUAAUUUCAAAAACAUCCAUCAUGCUGGGCCUGGGUGAAACAGAUGAACAAGUACUCACAACCUUGAAAUUAUUACGUGAAGCAGAUGUGGACUGUUUGACUUUAGGGCAAUACAUGCAACCCACAAAACGUCACUUAAAGGUAGAAGAAUAUAUUACACCUGAGAAAUUUAAAUACUGGGAAAAAGUAGGAAAUGAUCUUGGAUUUCAUUACACCGCUAGUGGGCCUCUUGUGCGCUCUUCGUACAAAGCAGGUGAAUUUUUCUUGAAAAAUUUAGUGGAGAAGAGGAAGACAAAAGUGAUCUAAAACAGCAGAUGACUGGAGGAGUUGCUAGUACAGCUUUAUCGUAUAGUAUUGCCGGUGGCUGCAUCAUGAAGAAACUGACAGAUAAGCAUUCAGCUGGUUUUCAUGGAACUCAGAAUUAAACCUAAUCUAGAAGUAUGCAGAUUAUCUUUGAACUCUUGCAUACUUUAACAUAGUAAAAAUAUAAUAUGUAUUCAAACAACAGUGUCAAAAGGCAGAACUCAGCCAAAGAUAGAUAAACUAUAUAUGCUGUUGAUUCUUGAAGAAGAUAUGUAAAUAUUGAUUUAACCUGUCCAUUGAUUUAAGACUGAAAGCACUUACAUCUGUCUGGAUCAUUAUCACAGAGUCCCUGUCAUAAUUCAUGCAUUUUGAGAUUUAUCUGAUAGUUGUGCGAUGUAAAGAGUGUAAUGCAAUGUAGACCAGGGGUGCCAAACUCAUUUGUUACGAGGGCUGGAUCUGACAUAAUUGAGACCUUGUUGGGCCAGGCCGUGUGUCAUAAUGUAACACUAGGUAGCAGAAAUAUAAACUUUAUAAAGGACACAAACACAAGAUUAAACCCCCCCCUGAAAAGAUGCUUAAAAGAUUAGCACUGUUGCAUUAUUUUGUUUAACAGUUUCCGAAAACUUAACACCUCUUGCUCUGAAUUAUUGCAUCAGAAUCUGGAAACAAUGUCUGUGCUGUAGCAGUCUUGAAUAUGCUGUUUAGAUGUUGUUUAUGUCUGUAAAAUUGCAAACCUUUUGAUUUGUUGACAUUCAUUACAGAAUCUCAUGAGCAUUGCUUUGAGCCUAAGACACAGAAGAAAACAUUAAAUGGCUGAGCAUUGUGAGCUUUUGUACAUAUACUUUAUGUGUUGGUCAGCCAAUGCAGAAAAUAGAGGCUUUGCUCUGUAGCCUGUGUGAUUGAACAAGCCUGGCAAAGCAAGCUGUGAUACAGAAGGAAGCAAGAGAAGGAGCUGACAAUUAGUUGCUUGCAGGCCUGAUAGGAGCCGUUUGGGGGCCUGAUCCAGCCCUUGGGCCAAAUGUUUGACACCCCUGGUGUAGACACCGCACUGUGAACAGUUAGUGCUUACUGUUGGAUGUGCCUAGGACAGGAUGCAGUGCUGCUGUGUACUGUGCUGGCAGUGUGAGUCAAUCCAAAACAUUUCACUGUGCAGCAGCAUGGGCCAGAGACUCCACACAAUAAUUAAAUGUGGUUGAUUCAUGCACAGAUAAAGAUUGCACAAGAUUCUUCAUUGGAUCUUUUCUCUAGAGUAAUCCCAUCUUCAUCAACCAGAAAAUCAGUGAUGUUUUCCUUACAGCAGCUCUUGCUCCUGAAGGCACACUACUUUUAAAUGUCAAAAGAAUGCUGUGUUUUACUGAUGCAAAAGUUUUCUUCAGUUUGUGGGCACAUUUGCUGCCUUGUUGGACCUUGAAGUAGGAGGUGCAGAAGGAUGGAGUCCAACAUACCAUUGCAUUAGCAAUUCAGAUUUCUACUUCUCUUUCCUCCCACCGCUCUACCAUAAGCAUCAAGAGUAGCAAGAUGGUGAUUAACUCUUAACAGUGUUGAGACUACUUAAUUCAUACCAACAAGAUAUCAUUUGAAAGUCUGCAAUAAAGUAGCAAUACUUUACACUGCUUAACAGGA